AUGCAUCGCCCAUCGGUCGCUGCCGUUCUUCUUGCUGCAAGCAGCACCCUCGCCGCUCCCACGCUCGACAAACGCGCCGACAUCAAAUGCCCCAUCGUCUUUGACGGCCGCAUUCCCGCUAGCUGGGCAACCACUCCGUCAAACUUUGAUACCUACGCUACCAACACCAUCUACAACCCCGACUACGUCAAGGGUAACGAUCUUAAGUGGAGCACGAUUCUCAAGUUUCCGAACGUCACCGCCUCGCGGUUUGAUGGCGAUAAUGUCCCCGUUGAGGUGACCAUCAGCGACCAGAGCAUCUUCCAGCAGCAGAAGGGCUUCCGCAGGGCGGGUCUGCAGUUCUUGAAAGAUGCGGCGGAUGGGCCAGGACAGACGGACGUGAAGACACUGCAUUUCAGCGUCAAGCAGGAUCCGGCGAGGCCGCUGAACUUGACGCACGAAUAUCUUAACGUGUGGCACGAGACGGCCGACUAUUCGGCCGACCAGAUAAUGUUCCAGACCGGCCAGCUCAUCGGCAAGUCUGCCUCCGACAAGAGCAACUUCAAGAUCCUAGAUCGCAACGGCCAGUCGCUAUACUCGGUGGCCAUGGAUAAAAACGCGUGGCAGAACUUUGCAAUCAAGCUGGACUACACGAAGAAUCAAGUCCAGAUCUACUACUCUGCUGGCGAUGCCGCGCUCAAGUCCGUCGCUGGUCCAACUUCCGCUACUCUCUCAGGCGGAGGCCAGUUCCAGAUGGGUAUCCUGAAGAAGCCGACUGGUACCUCGGAUGUUGUCAACAGUGGAUACCAAGAGUCUAACUUGAAUGAAGGACAGAUCUAUGGUGGUAUCUUCCUAGAGGACAGCGCUGAUGGUUGUGUUUCUUUGUAA